CUGCUUCAAUCUACAUGAGAAUGAGGAGCACUGGGCACAGAGACCUCCAGAAACAGAGCAGGGCAAUGAGACAGGCAGAAACCUGGAGCAGAAGAGGAAUCAUAACAACACUGAGAACAGAGAGCUUCAAAAACUCCAAGAACUCUUAUUUGUUCCAGCACAGAUCAUUAUAAUGUGAUCAAACUGUCAGCAACCAAAGGAAGUACAGUCUCCAGUAUAGUGCAUUGCUGCAUACAGUAUCAGCACUCACUGGCAGUGACUGGGAUACCACAGGAGCUUGGAGUAUCAGACACCUAUCAGCAUCAGCUGGGGGCGCUGAUACAAGGAGGGGAGAGCUGUGUUUAUUCCAGCUGUAGGGUAGAGACAUCUGGAGCAGCGGUAGCACAGAUCUACAGGAAUCUAGCACAGAGCCCAGAAUUACAGAGGAUUAAGAAACAACUUCUUGUUGCGUCUGGCAGGACCUUUCAUCUCUGGCCCCAGGACCAGGCUCCUGACAUACAAUGGGCUGCUCAAGACUCUUAUCCCAUGGAUCUGUAAGACUAUCAUUGUGUCUUGGAAAGUCACAGUGUCUGUAACCUGUCAGACACAAUACUUCUCUCCUCACUGACACAAGAUAAUGUCUCUGAUGUUUGGGAAACCCAGAGUUCUCAAUGCUUCUCACUUCCCUGCUUCCAAUGAACGAAACCUGCACUCAGAAUGUAACCUUGUGCUGCUGGGAUGCCGAGGAGCUGGGAAAUCAGCUCUGACAGUGAAGUUUCUGACCAGACGAUUUAUAAGUGAAUAUGAUCCCUUCCUUGAGGACACAUACUCCUCAGAGGAAAUUGUAGACCAUCAGCCAGUUCUUGUAAGAGUUAUGGACACAGCUGAUCCGGAUGGGCCAGUGAAUCCCGAGAGGUACUUACAGUGGGCUAACGCCUUUCUGGUGGUGUACAGUAUUGAUAACAGGCAGAGCUUUGAGGGAUGCUAUCAAUACCUGGAGAUCAUCUCCCAAUAUAACAGAGGAGCAGUACAUGAAAGCCCGGUCCUCUUACUGGGGAACAAGCUGGACAUGGAGCGAUACAGCUGGGAUCUCUGCUCUCUUCUAUCAGUAACAGAACACUCUGCCUCUUUCAGGCUCCUUUCUCAGUUUCAUGGGGCACUUCCAUGUAGCAGACAGGUCAGUAUAGCAGAUGGUUCGGCUCUUGCCUCCCGUCAUGGCUGUCUGUUCCGGGAGGUUUCUGCUUGCCUAGACUUCCGGUUGGUGCAGCGGGUUUUUUAUGAUGCUAUACAUGAAGUGCGGAGAGAGGCGGAAAGAUCUGCUCCAAUGAGGCCACCACUGUAUAUCAGUGAGGAGAGGGCGCUGCUUGGCCUACCUCCUAUCUCCUCCACGGCAGCUUCCGGCCGCCAUGGCAUGCCUACCCUCAACACCCUCUCCCCUCUUAGCUACAAGGAGAUUCCCUCUGUGGCUCAAGCCAAACUUGUCACAGUGAAGUCAUCAAGAGCCCAGAGCAAGCGCAAGGCGCCCACACUUACCCUUCUUAAGGGUUUCAAGAUAUUUUAAUGCUGGGAAGGCCAAAAAUAUGUGUUGACCAUAAAAUCCAAAAUGCUUAUUCCCUGUUUAUAACCUGGACAUUAGAAAAUCAUGGAUCAGUCGUGUGGUGCUACGAACCACCCAGACCAAACAUAUUAAAUCUUGAAGUUAGACAAUGCAGAAGAAGACAACGAGGCGACAUCUUCUCUACAAUCCUCCUCACUAGUUAAUAGUUUCUAACCACCUUCAUAUUUAUUCUUCAGCUACAAGGGAAAUAUUUCCUUGACGGAUCCAUGGAAAUACUGGCAAAUGACGUGCAUAAGGGUCAUAGACACAGGCAAAGGCAGUGACCUAGCACCUUACUGGAUUUGGGCAGAUCAGGGUUUAUGAUUUUAUUGGAAUUAUAGGUCACUGAUUUUGCACAGUAUAUCUGCACUGAAUGCUAGAGACUUGAUGAUGUGUUAUCCAGAUGUUCAUAUUACUCCUGUUGUCGACCUUACUUCCCACGCUGUGUUAUCAGAGAGCUGUGUUCCCUUCCAAACUGCGGAUCAGCGGAAGGAAUGUGUUUGCUGCCUUUUGCUGACACGUGAGCCUCUCUUAAAUGCCAGCUUCUCUUAUACACAGUGUGACUCAGAAGCAAUCAGACUUGGGAGCCAGGAACCUGCUCCAAGAUCUGGAACGGUAGUGGAGCUUAUCGGUUGGAUAGGGGUUUGGAGGUUGCAGCAGGAGCUCAGCUACUGGAGCUGCCCCACUAUCUGCAUGCCUAACUUAUUGUAAUGCAAUGUCGUAUUAGUUCAUUUAUAUCCAAUUAUUAUUGAUUGGGUAGUUUCAUGAAAUAUACUAGAUUGACAUAAAUUAAACCCAAAUAAAAUGUAGUUCCUUAUUAGAUCACGUGCUUUUAAAAAGCAGAUAGACCUGGAGCAGCAGUAUGGAGCAGCUCUGGAGCUAGAGAAAGGGUUUCUAGAGUGGUCCAGGAUGUAAUGGAGUCUAAGUUCGCCCGACGUGCUGGAUGUCGACCGAACUCGGAUGUUUUUUUAAAGGCAAUCAUUUACAAGGCAUGGUUAUGCCCCUUUAAAACACGUCAGAGUUCGGCCGGCAUACGGCAUGUCGGGAUUUAGUUAUGUGACCGACAGUCACAUAACCUCCCCCUACAUCCCGAACACUGGCAUGCCGACUAGAAGGGACUAUUCCCACUCGUGGGUGUCCACGACACCCAAAGAGUGAGAACAGAACCUGUGGCGAGCACAGCCUGCAGCGUGGCAAGCCUGCAAAGGGCUUUGUUGCGCUCGGCCCACCCGCCAGCAUUCUGCGGCCAGGAGCUCGGCGUCGGUAUUCUGACCUCUGGGAUCCCGCUCGCCGGUAACGCGGCCCCAACCCAGCAUGUCAUGCGAACUCGGAAUCCAUUACAUCCUGCCCAAACAGUUUGUUGUGGAUAUUAAGCCAGUCUGGAGGGGCAGGGUACACCCCGCACACACACCUCCUCAACUGCAAGUACUGCAUUGUCUUACACAUACCGUACACCCUCUGAUGUCUUUCAGUUGCUGUAGAUUGAGUGUCAUACACUACAGUUGCUGCUCUUUUAGAUACGUGGGACUGUAGUUUUGUAUAGUACUUUGAAUCAAAAUCACCAGCUUGGUCAUUUGUACGCUGAUAUGUGACAUGUCCUGUAUGUCUUCAUUGCUCAGCGGCAUGCACUUAGAAUUGUAGCAGUAUUUUAGUAUGUGUAAAAAUCAGCACUUUUGCUCUAUAACAGCUAGAAUUGAAAUAUAACCUAACCUGCAGUCUUCACGUAAUACAUAUAUAGAUUCAUUUACAAGUCCAGUGUAGAAGGAUUGGACACAAUAGGCCUGAUUAAGAUUUGUAAGUAAAGCAAAAAAAAGCAAGCAACUUUGGGCCUAAUUCAGAGUUGAUAGCAGCAGCAAAUUUGUUAGCAGUUGGGCAAAACCAUGUGCACUGCAGGGGGGCAGUGGCAUAACUACUGCCCCCGCAGCCCUCGCGGUGGCUUGGGGGUGAGGGGCUGCGGGGGCGCCACUGAUUUAGCGCAGAUUGACAUGCGGACGAGCAUCCGCAUGUCAAUC